AUGAAAAUUCUUGUCAACAGUCAGCGUUCACGUACCGUGAAAAUGGGCAUUGAAGAGGCGAUUCUCGGAAAAUGGACGUUCGUAUCGUCAGACAAUUUCGAGGCUUAUCUGAAAGAGGCGAAUCUGAAGCCAACUUUGGAGUUCGUCAAGGAGGGCGAUCACAUUCAGAUGACGUCCGUCUCCACAUUUAAGACAUACGUCACAAAGUUCAAGAUUGGCGAAACUUUCGAUGAGAAGACCGCCGACGGGCGAGAUGAAGAAGUGCAGGCUGUAAUGGCUAGUAACCGAGUUGAUUUAGGUUACCCAAACCUACACCGUCGAGAACGAUCACCUCAUUCUCAACGGAAGAGCGGAAAAGGGCGAAUGCAAGGGACUCGCGUAAAUCUGACCGUAUACGUAGAGGGCGAUAAAGCUUUAGCAUUUGUAUGUGAGUGUAACGGAGUAAAGAGCACCAGGAUCUACGAACGAGUGAAGGAAUAG